UGAAGCAGCAGAACACUUUGGCAUGCAGAUGGACAAACGAAACUUCCCUGUCUUGAGCAAUGACUACUUUUAUGGCCUCCACUCUUGUUUGCUGGGUUGCUGAAUUGUAAGGAUGGAUUAUCUGAGCCAGAGCUGUAUUUAUUUGUUCAUUUUCUCAUAAUGAUGAGUCUCAACAGGAUUAUGUGCUGCGCAAAUGAAGUCUAUAAAGUGUGUCGUUGUUGGGGACGCGGCUGCAGAUAAAGCCACGCUUCUGACCAGCUAUAUCACUGGUAAAUAUCCAAAUGAAUACACCCCCACUGUGUUUGAUAAUUGUGCUGCCCCUGUGGUUGUUGAUGGCAAUCCAGUGACUCUGGGACUGUGGGAUAUAGCAGGACAGGACGAUUACAACAGGCUUCGACCACUUUCCUACCCAGAGACGGAUGUGUUCUUGAUCUGUUUCUCUCUUGUGGAUCCACGCUCAUUUGAGUUGGCCAGUGAAAAGUGGUUUCCAGAAGUCAGACAUUUUUGCCCAAACACUCCCAUAAUUUUAGUCGGAACUAAACUUGAUCUGAGAGACGACACUGAGAUUAUUAAUGAGUUGGCUAGGUAUAAAAUAUGCCCCAUCACUUUCAACCAAGGCCAGGCUAAAGCGGAAGAAAUAGGAGCUGUGAAGUAUCUGGAGUGCUCAGCGAAAACACUGAAGGGGGUUAAAACAGUGUUUGAGGAAGCCAUCCGUGCAGUUCUGAACCCGCAAGAGGAGAGUAUAAGAAAGAGAAAGUGUUUAAUCCUCUGAUCUAACAGAAUACAAACAGAAUAAGCAGUGCUUCAUUUGUGAAUUGAAAGGUCCCGGAACAGAUU